GUAUUCUAAAUUUCAUAUACAAAUCAAUAAAAUUGCUUACAUGAUAUUGAUGGGUAUGACGAAGACACAAGGAGCUUCAGCGUCUGCAGCGAAGCCGAGGUCAAUAAGGAAAGAGAAGGGCAAGGGCAUUGCAACAGAGCUACAGCAGCCAAAGUCGAGGAAGCGUCAACGAGCAGUCUAUGAGUCGAACAUUGUAGAGAAAGGGGUCACUUGUGAGCGAAUGGUUGAUCAAAAGAGCUUGGGUAAGAUCUGA